GUAUCCUGUACAAAGGCAGCGGGGAGAACCAGUUCAUCUCCCUCCAGCCUCCAGUGGUUUCCACCGUGAUGGGGAACGGACGGCGCAGGAGCAUUUCCUGUCCCAGCUGUAAUGGUCAGGCCCAGGGCAACAAGCUGCUGGCGCCAGUUGCUCUGGCCUGGGGCAUCGAUGGCAGCCUCUACGUUGGCGAUUUCAAUUUCAUCCGCCGGAUCUACCCCUCCGGGAACGUGACAAGCAUCAUGGAGCUCAGAAAUAAGGACUUUAGACACAGCAACAACCCAGCUCACCGGUACUACCUGGCAACCGAUCCAGUGACGGGCCAGCUGUACGUGUCAGACACCAACUCACGACGGAUCUACCGCGUCAAGAUCCUGAGUGGAACCAAGGACCUGCAGUCCAACGCCGAGGUGGUGGCAGGAACCGGAGAACACUGUCUGCCCUUUGACGAGAACCACUGCGGAGACGGAGGGAAAGCCCCGGAGGCCUCGCUCACCGGACCCAAAGGCAUCGCCGUGGACAAGAACGGUCUGAUUUAUUUCGUCGAUGGCACCACAAUCAGAAAGGUGGACCAGAAUGGCAUCGUUUCCACUUUCCUCGGUUCCAACGACCUGACAUCGGCACGUCCUCUGACCUGUGACAACAGCAUGGAUAUCAAUCAG